AUGACAGCUGAAAAGACUAUUCCUAUAAUUAAUGGCAAGCCAGAAGAUGCUUUGGACCCAGAAGCCUCAAGCACCAACCUCGUCCACAGCAACGAUAAGAAAGUUCAUGAAAGAGGUCACUGGAACAAUAAGGUUGAAUUUGUGCUUUCUGUGGCAGGGGAGAUUAUUGGGUUGGGAAAUGUAUGGAGAUUCCCAUAUCUUUGCUACAAGAAUGGCGGAGGUGCUUUCCUCAUCCCAUAUGUUGUUUUUUUUAUUUGCUGUGGAAUACCAGUAUUUUUCUUGGAAACGGCCUUGGGACAGUUUACUAGUGAAGGAGGCAUUACAUGCUGGAGGAAAGUUUGCCCUCUAUUUGAAGGCAUUGGAUAUGCUACCCAAGUUAUAGAGGCACAUCUAAAUGUAUAUUACAUCAUCAUUUUAGCAUGGGCUAUCUUCUAUUUGUUUAACUGCUUUACUACAGAGCUUCCUUGGGCUACCUGUGGGCAUGAAUGGAAUACAGAAAACUGUGUGGAAUUUCAAAAACUUAAUAUGAGCAACUGCAGUCAAGUCUCUUUGCAAAAUGCCACUUCUCCAGUGAUGGAGUUCUGGGAACGAAGGGUGCUAGCUAUAUCUGAUGGAAUUGAACAUAUUGGGAAUCUUCGCUGGGAACUUGCACUGUGCCUCCUUGCUGCUUGGACUAUCUGCUAUUUUUGCAUUUGGAAAGGAACAAAGUCUACUGGAAAG